CACCAGCUACCUAGUAUAAAAUAGCAAACGAGACCGCAACAGCUACCUCCGUCGCGUCCACCUCACCUCCGGGAAGAACGCAUCAAAUGGCGCUCGCCUUCCGGCCGCUCGUGUUGCUCCUCGCCGUCGUGGUCAUCCACCAGCUGCCUCGCUCCGCGCGCGCCGGCGACCCCGACAUCCUGACGGACUACGUGCUGCCGCGGGGCGCGGAUCCGGCCCAGAUCAACGGCUCCUUCUUCACCUACACCCGCCUCGUGAGCGGGCUCGCCGGCGACACCGCGGCCAAGUUCACCGUCUCCAAGGCCACGGCGGCCGAGUUCCCGGCGCUGCUGGGGCAGUCCGUCUCCUACGCCGCGCUCGUCUACGGCCCCGGCACCGUCAACCCGCCGCACAUCCACCCCAGGGCUUCGGAGCUGCUGGUGGUGGUGCAGGGCCCCCUGGUCGUCGGCCUCGUCGAUUCCGCCCGGGGCGGCGCGGUGCACACGGCGGCGCUGGAGACCGGCGACGUGUUCGUGUUCCCCAAGGGCAUGGUGCACUUCCAGCUCAACAACGGCACCACCGCGGCGCGCGCCUUCUCGGCCUUCGGGAGCGCCAGCCCCGGCACCACCUCGCUGCCGGCGGCGCUCUUCGAGACCGGCAUCGACGACGCCGUCCUGGAGAAGUCGUUCCACACCGACAAGGCCACCGUCGAGGAGCUCAAGCACGACCUGCGGGAGGCGCCGGGGCCGGCGCCCGAGCCCACCCCUGCCAACUCCGCCGCCGCGCUCGCGGUCGGAGGGAGCGCGCUGCUGCCGCGUCUGGCGGCGGCGCUGCUCUGCGUCGGCGCCGCAUUCUCGCUCGUCGUGUGAUGAGCGUGCGUGGCCCUGUCACGAAUAAGCUGGUGGUUUUGACGGGAGAUGUUGUUCUUGUGCGUGCUUCUUCUUGAAUAAAGAUGAACGUGAAUACAUGAUGGCAA